AUGCCUAUCGUGCCGGAGCUGCGUCCUCAGGACGUGGGCACUCCUCUCCCUAUCAACCCUGCCGUGCCCGUGGAGACAUACACGUAUGACUACAUCGUCGUUGGUGGUGGCACUGCUGGCUGUGUCUUGGCUUCACGGCUAAGCGAAGAUCCCUCCGUAUCGGUGCUCCUGGUUGAGCAGGGGCCGGUGGCGGACACCUGGGCAUCGCGUAUCCCGCUCAUCUCUGGGAACCCGUACCGCAAUGGCACCCUUGCCGCAACGUGGUGGUCGCAGCCCAUGCCCCAGCUCGAUGGACGCGCGAUCCAGGUCAUGCGUGGAGAGGCUCUGGGCGGGACGUCGAGGAUAAACGCGUUGCUGUACACGAGGGGUCCUCCUGGCGAUUAUAACCGAUGGAAGGAGCUCGGGUGCGACGGUUGGGGAUACGCUGACCUCGAGCCAUACUUUGCGAAGUCGGAGGAAACCCUCAGCCACCCGGGAUCACAGUUUCGCGGAACGAAAGGACCUUGGGUGAACCGCCAAUGGAAAACAUAUCCGUACAAGAUAGUAGACAAAGUCAUUCCUGCUCUUGAGAGUGCAAACAUCCCAUGGGCAGACGACCUCAAUAAUCCCGCUGCUUCCGCAGCAGUAAUGGGCGCGCUCGACGUGAUUCAGGACAAGGGCUUCCGCCGCGCAUCGACAUACCAUGCGUUCCUCCCGGGCAACCUCGCGCAGGACCGCAAGGCGCGUCUCAAGAUAUGCACGAAUACGAUCGUGACGCGACUCGAUUUGGCGGACGAAGACGGGACUGUGCGGGCGAGGGGCGUGCAUAUCGCCGCCACCAACCCGCGGAAGGCGCAGUGCACGUAUUACGCGAAGGCGAGACGUGAAGUCGUACUAUCGGCUGGCGCGCUGGGGUCUCCGCAGAUCUUAAUGCUGAGUGGCAUCGGACCGAGGGGUCACCUUGAAGAAAAGAACGUGCCUGUUGUGCUCGACAUGCCCGCGGUCGGGAACCACCUACAAGACCACAUUGGAGUUCCGCUCACGUACCAAGUGCCGAUGUCCGACUCGCUGCACCAGCUUGAGAACAGCAUCUUCUCCGCGCUCAAAGCUGCAUUCACCUACGUCGUCACCGGUCGCGGUCUGUUCUCCAGCCCAUUCCAGAGCAUCACAAGCUUGAUUCCGACGCGCCUGCUCGACGACCAUACUGGCCGUAUCGUCGCGCCCGACCCCUCCGCACUCGAUGCGUCUAUCUCUGCGAACCGGCCCGACCUCGAGCUCAUGCCGCUCGCGAAUAACUGCACGGACGCGGACAUCCCCGGAAAGGGCGUAUUCACGCUCCUCCCCACGCUCGUCCUGCCCAAGUCUCAAGGCCGGGUACGGCUAGCAUCGAACAAUCCCCGCGCGCGACCGGACAUCGAGCUCGGGUUCUUCACGGACCAAGCUGACUACCUCCCACUCCGGAAGGGCGUGCGGCUCGCGCUGCGCGUCGCCGAGGAGAUCCGGCGCACGGGGUACCCACUCCAGGAACUCAUCGUGCCCGACGGCGACGGUGACUCGGACAUAGACGCGUUCAUCCGGAAGAAUCUGCGCGACUGCUUCCACUACACGUCGACGUGCCACAUGGGUGCGGAGGCUCACGGGUCGCAGCCGAGCGUCGUGGACACGGCGCUACGCGUGCACGGGACGCGCGGGCUGCGCGUGUGCGACACAUCGGUGUUUCCGGAAGUGGUGGCGACGCAUACGAUGGCGCCCGCGGUGGUUGUGGCGGAGAAGUGCGCCGCACUGAUGCGCGCGGCGGCGAAGGUGUGA